AUGGGUUUUCUUAAGGAUGAUAUGGAAUACAUUGGAGCAAUUAAAGAUGCAAGUCAGUGGGGGUCUGGACACUUUCUUAGACAAUUGGUUGUCAUUAUGCUGUUGUCUGGAAUAAUAAACAGAGCCGCCCAUGUGUGGAGUAAGACUUGGAACUUUUUGGUUAAUGGUAUUUUGUAUAAACAGAGACAUGUUGCAGAAAAUUCAGAUUUGCAAUUGACAGAUGCUAAUUUACAAAAUUUAACAUUGAUUGAGAUAUAA